AUGACCCAACGACCCAGUGUGCCUGUCCCAACAACACAGAGUUUGUCAGAGUUCCUUAGCGGAAAGCUGGAGGAAGGUGCAGCUGAAUUGCUCUCCUCCUAUCCCCAGUUGGAGUCAUGCGACAGCUGCGGAAUUCAUGUCCGUAAAAUAUGGAGCAGGUACUUGCGUGUGUUUGAAAGAGUGUUGAAUAUCAACCAGAUCUGCUCCCAAGGGUUCACUGCUCAUUUGAACAGACUGCCUACCCCCUCGAUAUUUGGAAAUGAUAUUGCCAACAUCAUCCUUACAGCAGAAUACCAGACAGCCAAUCGUUUCCACUUCAAGAUCAGUGAUCCGAGUGAUGCCAGAUAUGAGGUACCUCAUGAACACGUCCAACCGUUUCCUGGAAAUGUAACUAAUAAUUUGAACUAUCAUGUGGAUUAUAUUGAGGAACCAUUUAGCAUCAAAGUUACCCGGAAAAGCAACAAUCGUGUUUUAUUUGACACUGGUAUUGGACCCCUCCAGUUUGCUCAGCAAUACCUGCAACUCUCUAUCCAGUUACCAAGUGCUAAUGUGUAUGGCUUAGGGGAGCACGUGCACCAGCAGUACCGUCAUGACAUGAACUGGAAGACUUGGCCCAUCUUCUCUCGGGAUACUACUCCUAAUGAUGACAUGUCUAACUUGUAUGGCGCUCAAACAUUUUUCUUGUGCCUUGAAGAUACAAGUGGAGCAUCCUUCGGGGUUUUUCUGAUGAACAGCAAUGCCAUGGAGGUUAUCCUUCAACCUGCGCCAGCAAUCACUUACCGAGUCACCGGGGGCGUUCUGGACUUUUAUGUCUUCUUAGGGAACAAUCCAGAAGAGGUUGUUCGGGAAUAUUUAGAGCUCAUUGGAAGGCCAUUCUUGCCAUCUUAUUGGAGUCUUGGAUUUCAUCUCAGUCGCUGGGUAUAUGGAGGUUUGGCUGGGAUGAGGGAAGUCGUGGAGAGAAACCGAGCUGCUCAACUUCCCUAUGAUGUUCAGUACUCUGAUAUUGACUACAUGGAUGAAAAGAAGGACUUCACUUAUGAUAAAGUACUAUUUAGUGGACUCCCUGAGUUUGUUGAGGAUUUACACAACCAUGGACAGAAAUACGUCAUUAUUAUGGAUCCAGCCAUUUUCAGUAACUCUUCCAACUAUGGUCCUUACAUUCGGGGCUCAGACAUGAAGAUAUGGGUCAAUGCAUCAGAUGGAGUGACGCCAUUAGUUGGGCAGGUGUGGCCGGGCCAGGCGGUCUUUCCCGACUAUACCAAUCCGAAGUGUGCUCAGUGGUGGGCAGAGGAGUUCAGACUCUUCUAUGAGGAGUUAAAGUUUGAUGGAAUCUGGAUUGAUAUGAAUGAACCCUCCAACUUUGAAAGUGGUUCAGAAUGCUCACCUAAUAACCUGAACUCUCCCCCAUUUGUUCCUAGAAUACUGGACAGAUAUCUGCCUUUCAAGACCCUUUGCAUGGAUGCAGUACAGCACUGGGGCAAACAUUACGAUGUCCACAAUCUGUAUGGCUACUCAAUGGCAAUUGCAACUGAAGAAGCUGUAAAAACUGUCUUCCCUAAUAAAAGAAGCUUUAUUGUGACACGUUCUACCUUUGCUGGGUCCGGCAAAUUUGCAGCCCAUUGGCUGGGGGACAAUGCAGCCACCUGGAAUGACCUUCGUUGGUCUCUACCUGGCAUGCUUGAAUUCAACCUGUUUGGUAUUCCUAUGGUUGGUCCUGACAUCUGUGGUUAUGCUGAUAAUGUCUCAGAAGAGCUAUGCACGCGGUGGAUGCAGGUUGGGGCAUUUUAUCCAUUUGCCAGGAAUCACAAUGGUCAAGGCUACAAGGACCAGGAUCCUGCUGCAUUUGGAAAAGAUUCCCUUCUUUUGAAUUCUUCCAGACACUACCUGAACAUCCGCUAUACUCUGCUGCCCUAUCUCUACACUCUCUUUUUCCGAGCUCACACUCAGGGGGACACUGUGGCCCGGCCCCUUCUUCAUGAGUUCUAUGAAGAUAGUGAUACCUGGGAUGUGUAUCGGCAGUUUCUGUGGGGUCCUGGGCUUCUCAUCACUCCUGUUCUGGAUGAGGGUGCUGAGAACGUGACAGCAUACCUGCCUGAUGCUGUCUGGUAUGACUACGAAACUGGUGGCCACAUACCCUGGAGAAAACAGCAGGUGCAAAUGUCAUUCUCACCAGAACAAAUUGGACUCCAUCUUCGAGGUGGCUAUAUUUUCCCCUUCCAGCAACCAGCCACAACCACAGUAGCCAGCCGAAAGAAUCCUCUUGGUCUCAUCAUUGCCCCUGAUGACAAUAAGGAAGCUAGAGGAGAGCUUUUUUGGGAUGAUGGAGAAACUAAAGGUACUAUAGCUAGUGGUUCCUACAUCUUGCAUGAGUUUUUGUUCACCCAAAACCGUUUGGAUAUGAAGGUUUUGCACCAAUCCUACAAUGAUCCAAAUAAUUUAGUAUUUGAAGAGAUUAAAAUCCUUGGGACAGAAGAACCUACCAACAUCACUGUGAAGAAGAAUAAUGUCCCCAUUGGAUCUUCUCCUAAUGUCACUUACUUUGAAGAGUACCGGGUGGCUAUCAUCUCAGGACUUAAACUUGCCUUGGGAGAAGAAUACACUGUGGAAUGGAGUACACAAUUCAGAGAGGUCAAAAUAGACUGUUAUCCUGAGGACCAGGCAGUCUCUGAAGAAAACUGCACAGCUCGUGGCUGUGCCUGGGAGGUAACCAAUUCUCCAGGAGUCCCUAGCUGCUAUGUCAUCAAUCACCUAUAUUCUGUCAGUAACAUUCAGUACAAACCAACGGGGGUCACUGCAGAUAUAUUCUUAAAUUCACCUGUGUAUGCUUCCAACCUGCUCUCUGCCCACCUCUCUACUCCUGUGAACCCUCUCCGCUUGGAUGUCACCUACCAUAAGAAUGAUAUGCUGCAGUUUAAGAUCUAUGCUGCCAAUAGCAAAAGGUUUGAGGUUCCUGUGCCUCUCAACAUCCCCAGCUCUCCCUCUAGCACCUCUGAGAAUCGGCUUUAUGAAGUUCUCAUAAAAAGCAAUCCCUUUGGGAUUGAGAUCCGACGCCGGAGCACAGGCACAGUCAUUUGGGAUUCACAGAUACCUGGCUUCACCUUUAAUGACAUGUUCCUGCGCAUCUCUACCCGCCUCCCAUCCCAGUAUAUCUAUGGCUUUGGGGAGACAGAACACACCACCUUCCGGAGAAACAUGACCUGGCACACGUGGGGAAUGUUUAGUCGAGACCAACCCCCGGGAUACAAGAAGAAUUCCUAUGGUGUGCACCCCUAUUACAUGGGUUUGGAGGAUGAUGGCAAUGCCCACGGAGUGCUCCUACUCAAUAGCAAUGCCAUGGAUGUGACUUUUCAGCCCACUCCUGCACUGACAUAUCGUACCACUGGGGGAAUUCUGGACUUUUAUAUGGUUUUGGGGCCAACCCCAGAACUCGUCACUCAGCAGUACACAGAGUUGGUUGGGCGGCCAGUGAUGACACCUUACUGGGCCUUAGGGUUCCAGCUUUGUCGAUAUGGAUACCAAAAUGAUUCUGAAAUUGCUGAACUUUAUGAUGCUAUGGUGGCAGCUAAGAUUCCUUAUGACAUACAAUAUUCAGACAUCGAUUACAUGGAACGGCAGUUAGACUUCGUCCUCAGCUCCAAGUUUGCUGGCUUUCCUGAUCUGAUCAAUAGAAUGAAGGAAGCUGGGAUGAGAGUCAUCCUGAUUCUGGACCCAGGCAUUUCUGGUAAUGAGACCCAGCCAUAUCUUCCAUUCCUUCGGGGAGUCGAGGAUGAUGUAUUCAUUAAAUGGCCAGAAGGCAACGGAAUUGUUUGGGGAAAGGUCUGGCCAGAUUUGCCCAAUGUCACUGUUGAUACAUCUCUUGAUUGGGACACCCAAGUGGAGUUAUACAGAGCUCAUGUUGCUUUCCCAGACUUUUUCCGUAAUUCAACAGUCAAGUGGUGGAAGCGGGAAUUGCUGGAACUCUAUAACAAUCCCCGGGAGCCAGAGAAGAGUCUGAAGUUUGAUGGACUGUGGAUUGACAUGAACGAACCAUCAAGCUUUGUGAAUGGAGCAGUUUCUCCAGGCUGUAGGAAUGACACACUCAAUCACCCUCCUUAUAUGCCCUAUUUGGAGUCAAGAGACAGUGGUCUGAGCAGCAAAACCCUGUGCAUGGAAAGUCAGCAAUUCCUGCCUGAUGGAAGUCCAGUGAGGCACUACGAUGUGCACAAUCUCUAUGGCUGGUCCCAGACAAAGCCAACAUAUGAAGGAGUUCAGGAGGCUACAGGAAAGAGAGGAAUUGUGAUCAGCCGCUCAACUUUCCCUUCUUCCGGACGCUGGGCAGGACACUGGCUGGGAGACAACAAAUCAACAUGGGACCAACUCUAUAAGUCCAUCAUUGGUAUGAUGGAGUUCAGUCUCUUUGGAAUAUCCUAUACAGGAGCUGAUAUUUGUGGGUUCCUUCAAGAGGCUGAAUAUGAAAUGUGUGCUCGAUGGAUGCAACUGGGAGCCUUUUACCCUUUCUCUAGGAACCACAAUGCUCUUGGGACCAAGAGACAGGAUCCAGUGGCUUGGAAUUCUACCUUCGAGGAUCUCUCGAGAAGUGUCCUUCAGACAAGAUAUACUCUCUUGCCUUAUCUCUAUACCCUCAUGCACAAGGCCCAUGUUGAAGGCAGCACAGUUGUCCGACCCCUUCUCCAUGAGUUUAUAGAAGACAAAGAAACCUGGGACAUAUUCCUUCAGUUCUUGUGGGGACCAGCCUUCUUAAUCAGUCCUGUCCUUGAACCUAAUUCUAGGCAGGUGUCUGCUUACUUCCCCAGAGCCCGCUGGUAUGAUUACUACUCGGGCUCAGAUAUUGGAGUGAGGGGACAGUGGAAGGAUCUGCCAGCUCCUCUUGACCACAUCAGUCUCCAUAUCCGUGGAGGCUACAUCCUUCCUUGGCAAGAACCUGCUAAUAAUACUCAUUAUAGCCGGAGAAACUCCUUGGGUCUUCUUGUGGCUUUAUCAGAUAAUGGAACAGCUGAAGGAGAGUUUUUCUGGGAUGAUGGAGAGAGUAUUGAUACCUAUGAACGGGGGAAUUAUUAUUUCUCAACGUUCUCUGCCAGUCAGAAACACCUGGAUGUGAAGGUUUUACAGCAGAAUUACCAAGAUCCAAAUGGCCUGGCAUUUAAAGAGAUCAAAAUCUUUGGGCUGAAUUUCCAACCACUUGUAGUUACUGUGAAAGAGAAUAAUGUUCCAAUCCAGUCUGAUGCUGAGAUAAAGUAUAAUCCUGCAACAAAGGUCACUCACAUCACUGGACUUAACCUUGAGCUGGGGAAAGAGUAUACAGUGGAGUGGUCCACAGAGUUCAGAGACACAGAAAAAUUUGACUGCUACCCAGAUGCAGAUGGUGCUCAGGAAGAGAAAUGUAAAUUACGUGACUGUAUCUGGGAGAAUGCCCGGAAUGUAUCUGCCUACUUCCCUGAUGCCCGCUGGUAUGAUUACUACACGGGAGAAAAUAUAGGAGUAAGGAAACAGUUUAAGGAAUUAUCAGCUCCUCUUGAUCACAUUAACCUUCAUGUCCGUGGGGGCUACAUCCUUCCCUGGCAAGAACCUGCCAUUAAUACCCACUCCAGCCGACAGAAGUUCAUGGGUCUCACAGUUGCUUUGGAUGAUGAAGGAAAUGCUGAAGGUUGUCUCUUCUGGGAUGAUGGAGAAAGCAUUAGUGACGCCCCACUUCCUUACCCCUCACUCCCUCAAUCUUCCAUAAUGCUCACAAUAAAAAUGAAAAUAAGAUAUAUGGGAAAGACUGAGGCUCUCAAUCCUAACAUUUCAUUCCUCAGCCUAGAAAUUUGGACAAAGCCUCUAUUUAUGGCCAAGAAAUUGUCUGAGUUUGCAAGCUUUUUGAUCAUCCUCUCCAUAAUUGUUUUGGGUAUUAGCAUCGUUUUGCUAUUGCUUCUGAUAGUGGAUCUUCAAGAUGUCUCCUUUACACCAGUGUGCUUGGACACCAACCUGGAAGAAAGGAUAGAUUGUAUUCCUGACAAGUUGGCAACAGAGGAACUCUGCCACCUCCGCCAAUGUUGCUGGAAUCCUCAGAAAAACAGCAGCGUCCCCUCUUGUUUCUUCCCGAAGAAUGGGGGCUAUAAAGUCACUGAGGGGCCCACAGACACAGACACAGGAUUCACAGCCAAGUUAAGAAGGUUGCCUUCUGCAUCCCUUUUUGGAUAUGACAUCACGGAUGUCCUCCUCACAGCAGAAUCCCAGACGCCCAAUCGCUUUCACUUUAAGAUCAGUGAUCCCAACAGGAAACGGUAUGAGGUCCCCCAUGAACAUGUCCGACCAUUUACCCAAAAGGCAGCCUCCAAUUUGAACUAUAAAGCAGAAGUCAUUCAUGAUCCCUUCAGCAUCAAAAUAAGAAGGACAAAAAACAACAAAGUCCUGUUUGACACAAGCAUUGGACCCCUCCAAUAUGCUGAGCAAUACCUGCAGCUCUCUAUCCGGCUUCCCAGUCACAAUGUGUAUGGAUUUGGGGAACAUGUGCACCAGCAGUAUCUUCAUAGUAUGGACUGGAAAACUUGGCCCAUCUUCACCAGGGAUGCCAUUCCUAACGAUAAUAUGACUAACUUGUAUGGAGCCCAGACAUUCUUCUUAUGCCUUGAAGACAACAGUGGCUUAUCAUUUGGGGUUUUCCUAAUGAACAGUAAUGCCAUGGAGGUUGUCCUUCAGCCUGCCCCUGCAGUCACUUACCAUAUAAUUGGUGGCAUUCUUGAUUUCUAUGUGUUUUUGGGAAAUAAUCCGGAACAAGUUGUUCAAGAAUACCUGGAGCUCAUUGGACGGCCUUUCUUACCCUCAUAUUGGAGCCUUGGUUUCCAGCUCAGUCGUAGGGAUUAUGGAGGCAUUGAGGGACUGACAUCUGUUGUCAGCCGAACACGUACUUUUAAGAUUCCUUAUGAUGUCCAGUACUCUGACAUAGACUACAUGGAGGAGAAGAAGGAUUUUACCUAUGACAAAGAACAAUUUAAAGGCCUUGACCAGUUUGCUGAAGAGUUGCAUAGCAAGGGGCAGAGAUAUAUCAUAAUCCUGGUGUGGCCAGGACCCUCUGUUUUUCCUGAUUACACUAAUCCAGAGGGCACUCAGUGGUGGAUUGAUGAGUUGGUGAAGUUUCACAAAGAACUGAAUUUUGAUGGAAUCUGGAUGGAUAUGAAUGAAGUAGUCGACUUUUUAAAUAACGAAUCACUGUGUGAACACAAUGACUUGAACUACCCACCAUUCGUCCCCAAAAUCCUGGAUAGAAAACUGUUUGCACAGACUCUCUGCAUGGAUACAGAGCAGCAGUGGGGGCUGCAAUAUGAUGUCCACAGUUUAUAUGGCUACUCUAUGGCAAUUGCAACAGCAAAAGCCAUGGAGAACAUCUUUCCUAAAAAGAGAAGCUUCAUCUUAACUAGAUCAACCUUUGCUGGGUCAGGCAAGUUUGCAGCUCAUUGGCUAGGGGAUAAUGAAGCUACUUGGAAUGACCUCCAGUGGUCCAUCCCCAGCAUUCUUGAGUUCAACCUUUUUGGUAUCCCCAUGGUGGGUGCAAACAUUUGUGGUUUUGCAUUGAAUACCUCAGAGGAGCUGUGUAGGAGGUGGAUGCAGCUGGGAGCCUUUUAUCCAUUGUCCAGAAAUCACAAUGGCCCAGGUUUUGUGGACCAAGAUCCUGCCGCAUUUGGAAGAAAUUCUGUUCUUUUGAAUUCUGCCAUACACUACCUGAAUAUCCGCUACAAUCUUCUGCCCUACCUCUAUACCCUCUUUUUUAGAGCUCAUUCUCGGGGGAACACAGUGGCUAGACCUCUUGUUCAUGAAUUCUACCAGGAUUCCGAAACAUGGAAAAUACAUCAGCAGUUCCUCUGGGGACCUGGCCUGCUCAUCACACCUGUUCUAUACUCAGUAAGUUUCUUUGCAUGCUCUGUAACAUCAAAGAUCCAUAAAAGGUGCCAUACUGGCCUGCAGCCAACUUACCUUGUCAUGGGUGUGGACAGAGUGAUGGCAUAUAUCCCUGAUGCCAUCUGGUAUGGUUAUGAGACAAAGGUAGCUAUUCCACAGAGAAAGCAAUGGGUGGAGAUGCUACUUCCUGGAGACAAGAUAGGACUUCACCUUCGAGGGGGCUACAUCUUUCCCACACAGGUGCCAGCUGAGACCACAGAAGCCAGCCGUAAAAAUCCUCUGGGAUUCAUCAUUGCCCUAGAUGACAAGAAAGAAGCAAAAGGAGAGCUGUUUUGGGAUGAUGGUGAAACAAGAGGUACAUUUACAUCUAAUGCCUUAGAUGUCACCCCCUACCAUAUUCCUUCAUAA